AUGAAGUCUGUUCUUGGAAUCGCGGCUGCUCUGUCUCUCUUCGCGUACGAGGCAUCAGCUCAUUAUAUCUUCCAGCAGGUGUCUGUCGGCAGCCAGAAGUAUGGCGUUUUCGAGGGAGUCCGUAAGAACACGAAUUACAACUCCCCCGUCACAGACCUUGCCUCGAAGGACUUGAUCUGCAAUCAGGGUGGUAUUAGCGGUGCCAGCACCGUCGUCCUCAACGCCAAGGUCGGCGAUGAGAUUACCUUCACCACCGACACGGCCGUUUAUCACCAAGGCCCCAUCUCAAUCUACCUCUCCAGGGCGCCUGGUUCCGUUCAGGAUUAUGAUGGUUCUGAUGGUUGGCGCAAGGUUUACGAUUGGGGCCCGACCCUCGGCGGUAAUGGCCAGUCUUCGUGGCCCAUGUUCAACACCUACAAGUACACGCUCCCAACCUGCCUCCCGGACGGCGAGUACCUCUUCCGAAUCCAGUCUCUCGGAAUUCACAACCCAUAUCCCGCUGGUAUUCCUCAGUUCUACAUUAGCUGCGCGCAGCUCAACAUCACCGGGGGCACUGGCACUCUCGACAGCUGGGAGCAACCUGUUCAGAUCCCCGGCGUUUUCAAGGCGACCGACCCCGGCUACACUGCCAAUAUCUAUGACCCUAACAUGAAGACAUACACUGUUCCCGGAGGUGAAGUUAUGGGAUGCUAG